AUGGACCGCUUUAGUGCCCGCCAAACCUUUCACUUUCACAUAAGAAUAGAGCUGACCUCGCAACUGCACUGGAACACCCCCCAGGCUGAGUGGGAGACACGUUUAGCCCUGAUCCCAUUGGACCGAGCCUGCUCUGGUCCUGUUCCCAGCAGACCGAGCCUGCUCUGGUCCUGUUCCCAGCAGACCGAGCCUGCUCUGGUCCUGUUCCCAGCAGACCGAGCCUGCUCUAGUCCUGUUCCCAGCAGACCGAGCCUGCUCUGGUCCUGUUCCCAGCAGACCGAGCCUGCUCUGGUCCUGUUCCCAGCAGACCGAGCCUGCUCUGGUCCUGUUCCCAGCAGACCGAGCCUGCUCUAG